UCGAAUCUUUUCCUCCGGCAGAAUUGUCGGGAAACGAAGAUACUGCUGUAAAACGGAAAAGAAAUUGAGAGUGCUGUUCGAAGAAAGCUUGUUCGAGAGAGAAAAUAACAUAGUAAAUUGUUAUAUAAAAGAAAAAAGAUAUUGCUAAAAGUUACACAAUUUGAAUAGAUCUUAAUAAAUCAUAUUUUUUCCACGAAUUUUGUAUCUGAGGUUAUUGUUUCUCUUCAUUGCACAUAAAAUCUUUAAACGUUUCUUCACAUUUGUACGCGAGAUCACAGAAUAUUUACUGUACGAUUAUGGAAGAACCAAGUAGUGUGACUAUAUCCACUAAAGCUGUUGAGGAGAAUGGAAACUGUGGUGAGAAUGUCAACCUAGAACCUAGAUUUGAGUGUCCCAUUUGUCUAACAUGGCUACGCGAUCCAGUUUUAACAUCCUGUGGACAUAAGUUCUGUUCACAAUGUAUACAUACUUGGCUUCAGAAGGAAGGUGCUUGUUGCCCUGUUGAUAGUCGCCCUUUAAAAUCUGAAAAUGAUCUCUUUAGAGAUCUUUAUACCAGUAGAGAAAUAUCUCAGCAGCGUACAAAUUGUCCUUAUCAACAAUUUGGCUGUCAAGUAGAAUUAUCACCUGUGGAUAUGGAGACUCAUAUUAGUCAAUGUACUUAUAAGAGAAACCUUUCAGAGUCACAAGCGGUACAAGGUACUACUAAUGCUAUGUCAGCAGAGUCAAAGUUAUGGGAUCCACCUCCAAAAAGAGAAACAGAAGUUUCAGAAAGGGAAGGACCUCCUCCUAAUUGGGAACUAUUGCUAAAAAACUUGUACGAAAGACUAGUAAUUUUGGAACAGGAAAAUCGCGAGCUCACCAUAACUGUGUCUAAUCAGAAAAAACAAUUGACCACACUGCAAACAUCAGUUUGCUUUAAUCAGGAAGAGAUGUACCUGCGAAAUUGCAAUGGGGUUUAUGUGUGGAGGUUGAAAUCUUUCCAAGAGAAACUCACAGCCAUGAUUAACGAUCCUCUAAAGAUGUUUUACAGUCCCGGAUUUUACACGGGAUCCAAUGGAUAUAAAAUCUGCGCUAGGAUCAAUGUGUCUUCUAGGGACUCGAAUUAUCUCUCCCUGCUCUUGCAUAUUAUGAAGUCGGAAAACGACGACGCUCUCGACUGGCCGUUCUACGGCACGAUGUGCUUCGUGUUGGUACAUCCGCGCAAUUCGGAGAACAAUAUACGCGAGAUAACAUCGUCGAGACCGGAUCUCGAGGCAUUUCGUAGGCCAACGUGCGAACUGAAUAAACGUAGCUUCGGUUAUACAGAAUUCGUACGCUUAAACGAUGUGAUCGAUUUUGUACAACAUGACAGUCUAGUUUUUAGAAUAGAAGUUCGUGCGUAUGAUAAAUAUAAUAUGCCAUCGACGUGAGUCCGGCUCGACAUACUGCAUUCAAGUGCACUUACAUAGAGAGAACGUAAUGUUUUUAUAAUUUUUUUUUAUAGUUUAUAAUUAUUUUUUUUAUAAUUUAUAAUUUUUAUAAUUUAUAAUUACAUGAUUGUUAGCGGACGUCACCGAUGUCUUCUCUCCAUUUUUCCAAGUUGUAAACAUGUUCACUCAAUAUUCGUAUGACACGAAUGCGAUUCAGAAGAAUAAAGAGAUUAAUUCCAAUUUA